AUGCGCCUCAGCGUCUGCAUGUUGGUGGCACUGCGCCAGUACUCUAGCGCUGUCACGUCGCACCGCACCCUCUCGGACAAGUACCUGCUAACCUCGUCAUCCUGCACCAUCCCACCCGCCCCCGCCUCCUGGCUCGCCGACAGACGCGCCGCAAGUCGUCGGCAACUAGGGAGAAACUGCGCGUCAUCGUCGUCCUCCGCCUCGUCUCCCUCCUCCUCCUCUGCAACGGGGGCAAGUGGGGUCGGCCGUGGAGCAAGCUCUGAUGGGACUGUGCUCUACGGGCGUGGUGAACGAGGAACUGCAUUUGGUGCUGCGCCCGCACAUGGGUGGGCGUGCGCACACACGGCGGUGCUCCUGCCUGCCACCUGCGGGCUGCCGUCCCUCUCUGUGACGGCGUUCACCCUGGCCCCUGCUCAAGGGCAACUGCGAGCUCUGCUCCACCGUCUCGACUCGCGCACGACCACGUGUGGGCCUGCAUCAGGCUCAUCCGGCCUGCAUCAGGCUCAUCCGGCCUACCGCAAGCGAGGGCAAGCCUAA